AUGAAGAUCGCUCCUUUCUGGGUCUACAUCGCCCUAUCAGCUCCACGGGCUCUAGCAGACCUUACCGGAACCACAGCGACAUCUGCUACGUCCACUACCUCUACUGCCACGGCAUCAACUUGCACAGCUUCCCUCAUCACCAGUCUCUGCAGCUACCCGGAACCUGACCUAGACUUUGUUGUCGCCGAAGACAGUAGGGCCUCCUGCUGGAACUACUGUAACGCCCACCCUCCCUGCGACUUUGUUAUCUUUUCUGCCGGUAACCCUACCACGGGCACCGGAACGUGCUGGCUGUAUCCGGGUGAAACCUUCAAUGCGACCGAAGGUAGUUCGGAUUGCGCCAAUCCCACCCUGUCCGUAUACAGUCAGCCCGUGUGUGCUGGCGGGAGCGCAACAACCACUGCUGGCGCCUGCACGGCCACCGCGACUCCCUCUGAUAUUGCCUCGGUCUGCGGGUACCCAGCGCCCGGUGACUGCUUUGACGAUUGUAUUGCUAGUACAGGGGCAACGGACUGCUUGAGCCAAUGUGCAACGGCCGACUCCUGCAGCUAUGUCGUCUUCAAUCCAGAUAAUUCAGGCAACUCGCCGUAUGCCUCGGGAAGUUGCUGGAUAUAUCCGAACGGCACAUUUAACGCUGGGUCUGCUACCACUUGUAGUGGCGAUCCUGAGCAGUUCGUGUAUAAGAACCUGUGUCCCAAGCCAUCGACUUCAUCAUCUUCCCUUUCAUCGUCUGCUACGGAAAGUUCAAGUGCCACUGGAACUGCAGGGACUACUUCAAACUCAACUACUAGCGCUGAUACGGGCUCAACUACGAGCACCCCAAAUUCUGCGCCAGUCGGCCUCUCGCUCACUAAUCCAUUGGCUAUAGGCGUGGCUAUAUUAAUGUGGCAGGCCGUUUGA